AUGAUCACGCCCCCUGGUGAGAAAUGCGGGCUAGCCAAUGGGUCAUUGCCGAUUCCCAGCGAGGUCAUCCACAGGACGUUCCCCCGGGUUGCCGCCCCGGCCCCCGAUCCCGUUCCGGUUCCAUCCGGGGCGUGGAAGCCGCUUGAGGCCCCAAUCCAAAACGCUAUAGUCCUAGUGGAUUCCCGAUUCGUUUUGGCGGACUGCCGGGGUCCGGUUGGCGGCCUCGGCUUCCGGCCGGAACAGCCCGGGUUCCCGUCUCGGCACCUGUCGAUCCAAGCCGCCAUCCCGGUAUCUCGCUUGCCGAAGCAGGGGCCGGUGCUGCUGGUGCUGCUUCUCUGGCCCUUGACGGUCGGCUCCUCCGAAGCCCCCGGGCCUGACCCGGUCCGGGAGGAAGGCCGACCGGCCGUGCGGAAGAUCCAGGGAGACCUCGCCGGCCUGGCGUCCCCGGCCGCCUCGGGAGGCGGUUGGAACAUCGCUCAGGCCUCGGCCCCGCCGGAAUCCGCCGGCGAAACCCCGCAAUUCAGGUACCGGGGCGAACAGGGAUGCACCGACGAGGGUGGAGUUCAAGGAUUCAAUCCGGAUUUUCGGGGGGAGUGCGGCGACCUGCGGCAGGCGGAUCUGUCCAAGGCCGACCUGCAGGGCAGCAACCUCUCGGGCGCCAAUCUGGCAGGCGCCAUCCUGACCGACACCAACCUCCAGGAGGCGAUCCUGGUUGGAGCUCGGCUCACCGAGGCCACCCUCACCCGAACCGAUCUACGGGAGGCCGACCUGACCCGGGCCGAUCUGACGGCCGCCCACGUAUCGGGGGCCCAAUUGAAGGGAGCCAAGCUCAAUGGAGCGAACUUGAGUGAGGCCGUCAUCCGAAACACCGACCUGCGGGGAGUCGAAUUCGAGCAGGCGCUGUUCGCCCGGGUGAUCCUGUUCGGGGUCAAUCUCAGUGGGGUCGAUUUGAGCAACCUCAAUUGGGAAGGCGUUGAAGUCUCUUCCUCAAAUCUCAGCGAGGCAGUGCUGACCGGACUCAAUUUUCAAAAUGGGUUUUCCGACAAUGCCGACUUCCUCAAAGCGGAUCUUCGCCAAGCUGACUUCACCAAAGCGGAGAUGUAUCGAGCCAACUUCAUGGGCGCCAAUCUGCAAGGAGCCGUUCUUUCGCAGAGCCUGCUUGCUCAGGCCAACCUGACGGGAGCCCAGCUCGAGCAGGCCGAUCUCAGCCAGGCCGAUCUGACCCAGGCCGACCUGAGCGACGCCUCGCUGGCUGAGGCAAACCUGAAGAAUGCCGUCCUGGAUGAAGCGCUGCUGACGGGAGCGGACCUGCAGAACGCCGAUCUGUCGGGAGCCUCCUUGUCGGGGAGCGACCUCAAGGAGGCGAACUUGCGGGGGGCCAACCUGACCGGCGCGGUGGUGGGGGAUGAGGGACGGAUCCUGGCCACCGGCAACCCGGACGCCCCCCUGCUGCGGCCCACGGAAGUGGCGGGGGCAGCCUGCGACAAGGCGACGCAACUGCCCGACAAGUUGCUGUGCAAGAAGCAAGCCUUGGAAUUCGUGGCCUCGGCCCGGGUGGUCAAGGUCUCCAGGAAACGCCCCCGGCGCGUCGCCAGGAAAGCGUCGGAUCUUCUGGCGCCGGGAACCAGGCCCACCAGCAAGAACUGGCCGCUGUUCCUGAAAACCGUUCGGGCCAAAACCUUUGACUAUCAGCGCAACCUGCCCGAGUUCGUCUGCAAUCAGUCCACCCGCCGCUACCGCCAGAUCGGCCGGGGGGGAUGGAGGCAGGAGGAGUACCUGGCUCACGAAUUGUCCUAUCAUGGCAAGCAGAAGCAUUACAAGAACGUGGGCGCCAGCAGCGCUCCUCCCCAGACGGCCGGCGAGUUCGGUCCCGCCAUCGCCGAGCUCUUCUCCCCGGAAUCCCAAGCCACCCUGGAACUGGAACGCCUGGAGAAGAUCAACGGCCGCGAAGUGGCGCGCGUCCGCUUUAGUGUCCCGGUCGAGCAUUCCAAGCGAACCCUCCGCGUAUCUGACAAGACGUCUGUCACCUACGGGUAUGAGGGGCAUUGCUGGAUCGACCUGAAGGACUUCCAGGCCUACGAGCUCACCAUCGACUACAAGAGGAUUGGAAUCGGCAAGCGGUCCUACUACCUUCCGACCAGAAUGCAGGAGACGGUGAGAACCAGCUUCAUAGGGAACAGAAAUCUCGCCCUGAUUGCUCCUGCGGCAGGCCCGGGGUCCCCGGUGCAGUCGAGAAAUUUCGAUGCCCUGUCCACCAGGUUCGUGACCCUUUUCGGCAAGUACCGGGAUUAUGCGGCGGAGUAG